GACUUAUAAUUUGAGUGAAAAAUUGAAAGACAUUGUACAAAAUCAUUGAUUUAUUAAUUUUGUAACUACGAUAUAUACUCAACUGAUCAUGAAAAAAAUUUAGAAAACUUUUUUGAUCCUUCGAUUAGCAAUGAGAUUUUGUCAUUGAUUUGUACAUUCUAAUUCGAAUGAUACGUUUAUAUGUUGUGAUGACUAAUUCAUCGAGCUAAAUACUUUAUUCUAAACUUGAGUGUAAUCUUGACGGAAAGAAUAAUGUUUGAUAAAGAUCUGAUUGAAUGGUUUUGCAAUGAUAUCGGAUGUUUAUCAGAUGAUUUCUACCUCGUCUUUUUCGUUUGGUUGAGGAUAAACUGCCAUGAACAGGCAACUUAAUGAUUUACACACUCGUUACGACUCGUAAUUUGUAGAUUCAAAAUGUAACCCAAUAAAUACAGCUUAGAAAUUUGAGUAGUAUCGAUUAACUGAGUUUUUAUAACAUUCUAUUAUGAGUGACAGUCUAUUUACUGUGGUGAAUUAUUUUGUAUAUCCCUGGAAAAAUACUAUCGAAUUUGGUAUUCAAUUGAUAGUCUAGAGUUUACCGAAAGAGAUCGAUGGGAACCGAGUAAAACUGAAUGAAUACUUGUUUGAUUAUUUCCAAACCAUUCAGGGGACUUCAUUUUUGAUCAAUGUAACGGUAUGUUUUUCACGUCAUGAUUUAUCUGCUCAUAAUGCCGCCACUCAUAAACAAGAUCCUCGACCGUAUAGAUGUGAACAAUGUGGUAGACAAUUUUCAACAUGUGCCUAUCUAUCACAACAUAGACGUAUUCAUACCGGUGUGAAACCGUACGCAUGUCGUUAUUGUGAUCGUCGUUUCACUCAAUUAAGUCAUGUACAACAACAUGAAAGAAUACAUACAGGUGAAAAACCAUAUCGUUGUACAACAUGUAUGAAAAGUUUUACACAAAUGUCUAAUUUACAAUCACAUCAACGUCAACAUAUGAAAGGUAAACCAUAUCGAUGCGAACAAUGCUUCAUGUCAUUCGAUACAAAAGAAGAAUUAGAUGUACACGUACAAGCAAAGCAUUCGGGUAACCGAUAUGCGAAGGUAUUAGUCUGUCCAAUAUGCACGAAAAAUUAUAAUUCUGAAACAUAUUUAGCAAAACAUGUGGAUCGUCAUAAAGAGGCUGCUGCUACGGCUGGUAUGGACGGAAAUGGUUCAAACACUAAUAAUGGUAACAAUAGUAAUAACACUAAUCGUAAUAAUAACAACAAUAGUAAUAAUGUACGGAACCAAACAUGUGUGGAUAAUCUAUUUGCUGCUGGUUUCCAUAAUCAUUCAGUUGCAAUGGCUGCCGCUGCUGCGUCAGCACUUAGUCGAGGAAAUAUGAUUGAGUCAGGUUCAGGUUCGCAUAUAACCGGUAGCCGUCAUUCACAUGGGAGUGGAGGAGCAGGCGGUGGCGGCAGUAUUCAUUCACACAAUCCACACCCUUCUGCUGCUGCUGCCGCCGCUUCAGCGGCUGCGGCGGCUGCUGUCGCUGCAGCUCAUGCACAUCAAGACUUACAUCUACGUGCUGUGGCGGCCGCGGCUGUAGCGAGUGGUAAUGGAGUAGUUGGAGUUGGUGUUGGCAAUCGUAGUGGUGUUAAUGGUGUUAGCCUUGGUAAUGGUGAUAUUGAGAAUCCAUGCGCUUUUUUUAGUCCAAAUGUAAUAUGUUCCAGUGAGACACGAGUGACUAGUUCUAAUGAGUGUGAUUUAUUACAUAAUAAAUUAAAUUAUAGCUCAAUGUCCAGUGCUGGAUUAUUUCAUCAUUUACCGGUAGGAGGUGUCCAUGAUUCAAAUGUUGAACAUUUAACCGCUGCAGCUGUAAUUGAACAACAACAACAGCAACAACAACAGUGUCUUGCAUCUCAUCGUCAUCAACAAGGAACACAUUUUACUACAGAUGAUAAUCAACAUAUAAAUUCGUUUAAUCAUUCAAAUAUUAUGAAUAAUAUAUCAUCAAAUCAUCAUUCACAAUCUCAACAACAAUAUAAUCAUCAUCAUAAUCAUCCUCAACAACAGCCACAACACCAACAGCAUAUUCACACGAAUCAACGUAAUCUUCAUUCAUCGUCGUCCUCCUCAUCAUCAUCUUCGUCAUCAUCAUCUAAACGACAGUCUAAUAUGAAAUCAUCUUUAUCACCGCAAUCAAAUCAUCGUUAUACUGAGUCACCAGUAACAAAUGAUUCACAAACUCAACAACAUUUACUCAAUUUAACACAACAUCAUUUGACAACUACAAAACAUCUUUGUUCUUUAUCAAUUGAGCCAUCGACGGUUGUGGCAUCAUCAAUGGAUUGUUAUAUUUCAACUCGGACUACUUCAACAACACCACCGAAAAAAAUGACAGCAGUGACCAAUGGUACUAAUAAUACUACUACUACUACUUCUACCACUAGUACUACUACUACUGCUAAUACUACUCAACAACAUUCACAUAUUCAUGCAACAAUAAAUAAUAAUAAUAAUAGUAUCAGUAACAAUGGUAAUAGUAGUGAUGAUACCAUUCAUAUCAAACAUUCACAUAAUGAAUCAAUGUCGUCACAGCUUCUACCGCCUCCGGCUCACCAACAUUGUUUACAACCGACUCAAACUAAUCAUUUGACUGGAUCUCAUACAUUUGUAGAAGGGGUUGAUAAUAAUGGUAGUAACGAUAGUAAUAAUAAUGAAAAAUUGUCGGAAACCUCGAAUUCUACGACUAAUAGUCACUCACAACAUUAUCAUCAUCCUCAACAACUACGUAUUGGAUUAUCACAAGCUCAUUCCAAUCAAACAUUAUUAAAUAAUCAUGUAAAUAAUAACUAUUCAUCAGCACCAACAUCACCAGGUGUAUUCAAUUCAACAGGUGGUGGCUUGUCAACAUCAUCAUCGGAUAAUAUAUCAACAUUUGAAGAAUUUAGUCAAAGUUUAGUGAAACUUGAUCAUAGAGAUUCUAUCAGUAAGUGGUUUAAUAAUGAUAGAAUUAAAGAUAUUAAUAAUAAUGUAGUAACUAGUAGUAAGAAGAACAAUAGCAACGAAGUCAAUUAUUGUGAUGACAAUCAUAAUGAUAAUGAUGAUGAAAUGGAGCACAUGAAUGAAGAUAACCAUGAAUCACUCAUUAAUGUAAUCAACAAUGAUAAUGUUGAUACUUCAACAAAUAGUAAUAACAAUAAUAGUAUUAAGAAUGAUAUUAGUACAUCUAAUCUUAUGUAUGACUUUUUAUUUCAUGGAAAUUCAAAUAUUGAUGAUAAUGAACAAAGUGAAACAAUCAAUAAAUCAAAUCACCAUAUAGAAAUUAUUGAUACCCAUGGGGUUGAACGCGAUGAACAGCCCGACACUGUGACCGAUUGUGUUUUGAAUUACGAAAAUCAUUUGAGUAAAGCCGAAAAAAUCAUAUUUAACGUUGAAGAAUCUCCACUCAAUGGAAAUCAAGUCUGUCAACCUAUAUCAUCAUCAGCGUCAGGAACAAAAUCAAUAACAACGGGAUCACGAUCAUCGCCAAUUUCAUCGCAAAUUUUAACACAACGACUAAUAACAUCCGUGGAGACCAAAUCAUGUAAUGGUAACCUUCAUAAUGGGAUACCGCUAUCAAGGUCAUCAUCGUCAUCAUCAUCAUCAUUAUCAUCACCAGGAAUCGAGCCUAUUAGAACCGAUGAUGUGACUUCAAAUACAUUGAAACAUGGACAGUAUACUUGUCAGUUAACCGGUGACAAUAGUGAACGUAAUGCACUUGAUAAUGAGUCUAUGUUAAAUCUUCAACAUGAAUCAUCUAACUUACAUGACGUCAAUGAAACCGAUGAUCAACAUAUUAUGUCUAAUAAAUUAAAAUCAAUCGAUAUGGAACAAUUAUUUCCCAGUAAUAAUGAUAAUAAUAACGAGGACAUAACUAAUUUGGAUAACAUUAACAUUAAUGACAAAAUUAUCUGUGAGAAUUUACAACUGAAUAAUAACACUGAUACAACUCUAAUGAAUCAUCGUUCAUUGAAACGUAGUUUAUCCUCAAACGACAAUUACCAACAUAAUCGUUCGAAAAAUCGUCAUCAUCAAACAGAAAAUCAUGAUAUGGAGAAUGGUGAUGAAUUCUUGACUAUAUCAUCAUCAUCAUUACAUCAUGAACAUCAUAAUAUUAUCAAUAGUAGUAAUGAGAAGAAUUCAAUGAACAUGUUAUCAUUAACAUCACCAGCGAAUAUAUGUGAUGUAGAUAAUGUUGAUCAUGAUGGUGAUGACGAUGACGAUGAUGAUGGUGAUGGCGAAGAUGCAGAUAAUGACAUUGAUGAUAAGAAUACUGUUUUUGAUGAUAAUGACAAUGUUGAUAUUAAUAAAAAAACUGUUGUAAAUAAAACCAAUGAAAAUAAUAACAAUGAUACUGUCGGUUGUAAUGUUGAUGAUCAUCUACAAGCAAUGUAUCAUUUAAAAUCAGAGUUCAAUGAUCAAACUCCAUUUUAUUUAGGUGAAAAAAGUCAACCAGAAGAAACUGUAGAUCAGAAUUCUUCUUUAUCGUCAACAGUUAUAGAAAAACAACAUUUAGAAACAAUCAAUUCUAGUAAACGAAGACGUCGACAUCAGUACACACCACAACAUUUGCCUGUGUUUGAAUUGAACACAAAAGAUACAAUAGAAAAAUGUAAAAAUAAUAAUACUAACAGUACUACUACUACUUCUACCAAUACUAUUAGUAAUAAUAACAAUAGUAAAAAUGCACAUGCUACAGUAAUUGCAGGCUGUUUUACAAAUCGUCGUAAUAAAAAUGGUCAUAGUAUUUUAGAAAAUGGUGAUAGCAAAUGUUUAAAGAAAGAAAAAUUAAAUGAUAAACCCAAUACAAUAGAUAACAAUAAUUUUAACAAAGAUGAUGGUAAUCUUAGUAGUAAUGAUACUAAUAAUAAGUCAACGAAUAGGGAAUGUUAUUUUCCUGCUUUUUAA